GAGGUGUUCCGGGCUGCGAUGAGCCGAGCGUUGCUGUGGCGAUAAUCAGCUUGUUGCUCGAUUUUACAUUUAUUGACAUUACAGAUAUUCUUGUUUUCACAUUAAUCGCUUUAAUCCCUUUGUUCCGAUCUAUCGGAGAAGGAUCGGGAGAACUGCAAUGUCUUCGAAGGAAGACAGGGCUAAGGAGAUUCUGAAGGGCUUUAAGCUUAACUGGAUGAAUCUGCGUGAUGCAGAAACAGGAAAAGUUUUAUGGCAAGGCACAGAAGAUCUCUCGUUACCUGGAGUGGAGCAUGAAGCUCGUGUUCCUAAAAAGAUCCUAAAAUGCAAAGCUGUUUCCCGAGAGUUAAACUUUUCCUCAUCCGAACAGAUGGAAAAGUUCAGACUAGAGCAAAAGGUUUUCUUCAAAGGACAGUGCUUAGAAGAAUGGUUUUUUGAAUUUGGCUUUGUCAUUCCUAAUUCCACAAACACUUGGCAAUCAUUAAUAGAAGCAGCACCAGAAUCACAGAUGAUGCCAGCUAAUGUGUUAACCGGUAAUGUAGUCAUUGAAACCAAAUUCUAUGACGAUGAUCUUCUUGUAAGUACUUCCAAAGUCAGACUUUUCUACGUCUGAAGUGAAUUCUCUACUGUUUGGUAUGAAAUGUCUUGCUGGUGACAGACGGAUGAGACAUUUUUCAGCGUCAUGUGACCAAUGGACCAGCUGUAACUGGAUAGCAACCGGCAAAUUAAGUUCUUCAGAAUUGAAUUAGAAGAUUGGAAUAAGCAAGACUCCAAGUACAAAAGAACAGAACUUUUGUAACAGAAAUAUGGGCAGUAACACUUAAAUACUGUACUUUCUUGAGACCAAUGUUGUACAUUAUUUUAAAUGCUUUUUGUUUUGCUUUGAAUCUGUACACAUUGUUUUCCUUCCUUAAUUUGUACCAUGCAUAGUUUCACUUCAAGUUACUUUAGAAUUUUGUCUAUGUUGAUUAUUUAGUUCUUUUUUAUUGACUGCUGUAAUUUGUGACACAAUUCUCAGUUGUAACAAAGUGUAAAAUACUCCUAGUAUGUUACAUAAGUUUCUAAUCCAUAAUUAAGUAAUUAAGCAAGAUUGCAGUCUUAAAUAAAAGCUGUUGCUUCUGUAUUUUAAAGUCA